AUGCCUCGCCGGCCGUUGCCGAAGAAUGUGCCUAUGCCACGGGCGGAGACUGUGCCGCCUCCGGAGACUGAGAUAAAAAUACUGCCUACAAGUCUGCCGAAGGAGCUCCUGCGAGGUGUUCCGCUGCAAGUUUGCUUGGCGGGCUUCGGGAAGCACUGGGCGGCAAGCGAUGCGGCAAGCUUGCGUGGUACGUCUAGCUACUCCCUGAGCCAGGUCGUCACCUCGCUGGAUGCGUUUUUGAGCCACGAUUGGGGUACUUCGCGGUGGGCGAAGAUGCUGGCCAUGAUGAUCAUCUUCAAUUCUCGGGCUGCCUUCAUCACCUCAAUGCUUGCAUCUUUGGUGCUAGCUAUUUGGGCCUAUUGCGAUGCGCUCCCACGGCGUCAGACAUGGACUGUGUGGCCCCCGCUGGUCACCUUCUACAUGUUUCUCUUCUUCUGGCAGCGAAUCCGGUUGCUCUUCAAGCCACCUCGAAUGGUUUUUUUGGACAAGCUCUGCAUCUCUCAAGACAACGACGAGCUGAAGGCGCAAGGAAUCGCUGGGCUCGCCACCUUCCUCCUGAAAAGCCGCAAGAUGACCAUCCUCUGGUCGCCCCGCUACUUUUUAAGGCUCAAGCGAUUGCAGGCCAAGGUAGUUCCCCCUAGGUGUUAG